AUGCUGUUUCGCAAUGACGACUUUAUGAACAAGCUUGUCAUAACGUACUUACUUGGACGGGACCACAUGGAACUAAGUAUCGCAGCAGCGCGGCUGCUGCUUGACUGCCUUCCUGGAUUGGACGCUAAUGUGGUCUUUUCGGAACCGAGCGACUUCAUUCCUCAGCUUUACGUGUGGGCCAGGGACAGCUCAAAUGAAAUCCUGCGGGCUUACGCAAUUGGACUCCUUGCAGGAGCUCUUGAAGUUCAAGGUAAUGCCCACAAGUAUCGAUCCAACAAUAUCGAUCUGAUGCCUGUUGCCUUGCGAAGGCUUGCUGAUUUGAAGGCUCGUAUGCUCGAGGAGAGAUCCCAAACUGAACAGGAACCUCAGGACACUCCUGCGCGUGAACACAGUGGUAAUUCUCCAGGACCAUUCUCACAUUUAAAUGGAUUCGAUUUGGAGGAUACUAGCUCUGUCAGUUGUCUUCUGGCCUUAAACUUUUUCUUCUCUGUUCCUCGUGCUAGUUUAAUUUUCUUAUUUAAGGAUGGUCAAGCUGCAGGAUCUAGCAAUGAAAACACUCAGUUCAGUGAUCACCCUAAAAACGUCAACGACUUGGUUUCAUGCGAAUUGAAUAAACUUAGAGUUCCCUCACUGCGAGUUCAGCCUCCUGCGGCACCUAAGGGAAGUCCUAAGCAUGACUCUCCUCCAGCAAAGAGAAGGAAAAAAUUGUCCAAGAAUGAAAGGAAAGAUACAGCAGACUGUGCUAAAGUCCCUUCCAUGGCGUCGCUGCACAAUCUGGAAAACAGCAAUAGCACGUGGAAUAUGGUACAACCUUAUGUGAUAGGAACUCACAAGGUGUACCCUCUCUCAGUGACGAUGCACCAGCGCUUUAUUUUGCAAUAUCUUAAUCCAACUGGAGAAUAUCAAGAUUUACUGAAUCUGGCGAUAGAAGGUCAUGCGAUGGAUCUUAUUAUGGAAUAUAUUGAUCUACAGAAAAUGCAUGACGUUCGAUUAACCUUUGAUGCUCUCCGGUAUCUCACGUCGCUGCUAGUUCAUCGAAAAUUUGCAAUGGAAUUCAUAGCUAGAGGCGGAGUGGCAGCUCUUGUGCGAGUACCUCGUGCUUCGAUGGCAUCUGUGGCUGCAAUUACUGCGCUUUAUUACCUAUCUUAUAACGAUGACGUGAUGGAAAAAGUGUGUCAGUUGAAUGAGAAAGUGCUUGAUGAGGUUGUUGAAUAUGCUUUAUGGUGUUUGGAGCACAGCUACGAAAGUGGCAUGGGAAGCGCUGCCAUGUUUUUCACUCAUGGGUUUUACUAUAAACCUAUUCUGGAGCGUUUUGAUCAAAGAGAUGGCCUAAGAAAGCUGUACAAUUACAUAUCUACAUUGACUCUGCUGCAGGAGGCUAACAAAGAUAAGAUAGAUCUGACAGAAGAGCAGCACUUGACAAGCUCCCAAGCGAUACGUAACGCCUCUGCUGCUUUCAAAAGUUACUUCUCGGCGCACUUGUUUGUUAAGUUGGAACAGAUUAGGCGGACUGUAGGUAAUCGAAUACUGCAAGCUGGCUGUAGUUAUCCUGCAGGACUCCCUUAUAGUCACCGUUCAUAUAAGUCUAUGGUUAUGGACGAGGACUCAUUCAAAGAAGGAGUAUAUCUGCUUAUGACUGCUCUGCGAGCUUCAAACUCUGGAUGGAAGCCAGUUGACGAUGCACGAAAACUAGGAUUGAUCAAAACACUGUUUGGUGUGGUGGUACUAACACAUGAAAUGGGUCAUGCUGGACGGUAUGAAACUGCCAGUAAUGCUCUGAACGCACUGUGGCUGUGCUCCUGUGUUCCCAAAGUUCACCUUGAACUCUGUGAGUCCAUGCAAUCCUUAUGGAAAUCAUCGGGGGAGUCAUUCCUAGCUGAGUCGGAUCUUCGUUUAGCAGCUCUCAAAGUGCUGAUAAACUGUGUUUCCGUGCCGGAAGAAUUGUCCAAGCCCAUGCGAUCGGAGAGCGGUGAGAAGAAGGACAAGGACGGUCGUCGCAGUAGGUGUGCAGUCGUUGGUCUCUAUAACAAAGAAACACAAGAGAAAAUUUGGGGCACCGUUCGUAAAUACAACGGAAUUAAUGUAUUGCUUACAGUGAUUCGCCUUACUUUUCCUAUAGCUGAUGCUGAUCAGACUCGUGCUUUGGCAUGUCGUGCCUUACGGGAAUUUGCGAAAUGGGAUCCCGUGGGACAGAUACUUUCCAAGCUUCCACUCAUUACUGCAAAUGAGUUACAAGGCUUGAUGCGACAGCCCGUAAUGUUCGAGAAGCGAGCUGAGCAUGUGAAGUUCUGCGAGGAAGCACGCAAGCUGAUUGAAACCGUGACUAAGCGGCCGAUGGUCGAUUUAACGCUAAAUCCAAAAGACCUUACACAGGAGCGCUUGUGGAAAUCCCAUGUAAUAGCGAAUACUCGAGUUUCUUACAAUGAAAAGGAGUUGCUGCAGUUGAUUCACGACCAUCUAAUUCGGAAAGGUCUUCAUUCCACUGCAGAACAGCUCGUAACUGAAGCGGAACUACCGCAAGUUCCAGCAAGUAAAGCGGCUACCACGCCGGCGAGGCUACCUCCCUUGCCACGAACUCGAUCUCUGGCCUUACCGUCUUCUCAGCCUCGUUCUUUGGUUCUUCCGGGAGCGUCGGGCUUGACAACUACUGGGACGACUACCGAGGCUACCACUCCAAUUAAUCCCUUCCAUAAACGAUUCGGAAGUGUUACUUUACCAACACCACAACGGGAACAUGGAUUUCUGGAGCCAUCACCGGGACGAGUCCGCAAAUCAAGAUGUAUAGCAUUCCCACAACGACUACAGCUGCGAACAUCGACGUCGUCAAACACGAAAGUGACUACGGUGGGCAAAGAAGGUGUUCGUCCUUACAAAGGACUGGAUGACAUUGUCACAGAGUAUUUCAGAGUGCAGCACUCUAAAUGCUCCCAUCCAGUCACAACUUGUCCUCCUUUCUCGCUUUUUUAUCCUCAUCGUUGUCCUGAGCCGCGCAACGUUGGGUCAGUCCCCAUGAACAUAGUCACACGUUUUGCCACAAGAGACAUUUUGCCGUACAAUACCUGGAACAAGGUGCAGUCGAAAGAUGAGAGUUACGUGUUCAGCCGUUUCCGCCCAUCACGAACUAUCACCGAGCAUGAAGAAAUGUAUACGAGCUGUGCAUUCUCGAUUGAUGACGAGCAUCUGAUUGUUGGAACAUUUACUGGUGAAGUACAUUGGUUGAACAUGGAAACGGGUGCUGAAGAAUCCCACACAGUUUGCCAUUCUAGUGGUAUUACUUCAAUUGUUCCCAGCAAUGACGGUAAUUUUUUGCUCACAUCGUCGGCUUACAUAACACCUCUAUCUGCGCUGUGGAAAUUGGGCGAUCAACAAGAAUAUGCGUUGGACAUACCAGAUGAGUACUUUGUUCAGUUCUCGAAUCUUUCAAGUGAGAAAAUAAUCGGAACAAGUGAUGUUGUUGGAACGAUCUAUGAUACCGAGACUGGUCGUCUUCUGCGGAAGUUUCGCCGUGAAUCUUGUCCAACCGGCUACACUCACAAUCGUGCCUCAUUUUCCCCUUGCGAUACAAUGGUCCUAAAUGAUGGAGUGCUUUACGAUGUUCGAGGGCCUGUUAUUCACACAUUCGAUCAGUUGAACACUACUGGUUGCAGCGUAUUUCAUCCACAAGGAAAUGAGAUCAUCAUCAACACAGAAGUGUGGGAUACUCGAACUUAUCGCUUGCUGCAUCUGGUUCCGGCCCUAGAGCAGUGCAAGCUUGUAUUCAAUAGCACAGGGGUCAUUGCUACGGUAGAUACGAAACGUCCUCUUCUCGAUAUCUCUUGUGACCAUUCCGACCACUACGUUGCUGUGGUUGAGCGAAUGAGUGAGGGAGAAGUUGAGUACAUGCUUAGCAACGAGAAGACCUUAGUGAGAGCAUAUGAGGUUGGAAAACGACGUGAUGCUGAGGAUGACGACGCCGAUGAAGUGGAGGAUGAGGAGGGAUCAGACAGUGGUCACGACACUGGUUCUGAGAGUUCGGACAAUAGCGACAGUGAAGGCAGUGGUUGGGAGACGGCAUCGAACCCGAAUGACCCAGCAGAGGAUGGCGGUGACGAUGAUAAUGGAGAGCACGAUGAUGAAGAAAUGAACUCUGGACGAAGUGAUGAGAGCGGCGGAGCAAACGGCGAUGACUACCUUCUUCACCAAGAUCCGCGGGAGGAUCAUCCGACCAGUAGUUCGACUGCCGUUAAUCCUCAUAUUCGUAGACAACGAAGGGGGCAACGUUAG